GGCCCCACGAAGACAAGGGCAAACGGCAACGCAACGAGAAACCGCACGAAACCGAAGCCGCGCAACCAGCGAAAAGCUAAGCACAAAGUGGCACAAUUUCAAGCUGCCUCCAUGCAGCCACUCUUUCCCCCGCUGCUUCAACUGUGACGGCUUGCAUUUGCAUUGCCGACGCCACCGCAACAGCUUUUCAAGUUCAACCGCAAAAAAAGUAUAUAAUCGGUAUCUCCUGCCCCUUUCUCAGCGGUUUGCCGACGCAGUUCUUUAUUCCACACCGAAAAGUGCACAAUGAGAAUGCAGAUGGUUUUCCGUGCUGCUCGCGACAGCUUUUAAAACGUGCAAGAAAGGCGAUAUGCAACGAGCUCUUCCUUGCGUUCUUUCACGCUCCGCUUCCGUUCUCCCUUCGUGUAUUCUUCUUCUUUGCCUUUCCGAAAACGUUUUUGACUGCCAAGUCAGUCCAAUUCUCUGUUUAAGGUACGUUAUUUUCCUUCACCCCACAAGUACAAAAGAAAAGCACGAAACUCCCCAUGUCCGACACUACCAUCAAGGUUGGCUUUCUCGGUGCGUCUAGCAUCGCGCACAAAGUAUGGGCGGCUAUCGAAGCCGCCGGCAACAUGCAGGUAACGAUGGUCGGCUGCCGCAACCAGGAAGCCGGUCAGAAGUUUAUCGACGAGAGCAUGGAAUGCCUCAAGAUUUCUCCCGACCGCAAGGCUGUCGCCGCCAGCUACGACGAGGUGGUCACAAGCCCCGACGUUGAUGUCGUGUACAUAUCCAUCCCGGUCACUCUGCGCCACGAGUGGGUGAUGAAAUGCGCGGAGCACGGCAAGCAUGUCGUGGGCGAAAAGCCGCCCGCGUCCUCUCCUGAGCAACUGCAGUCAUGGCUGGAGGCGCUGAGCGCGAAUGGUCUGCUUUACAUGGAUGGAACUAUGUUCUCUCACGGCCCGUACGUGCAAAAGGUGAUCGAUUGCCUGCCACAAAUUGGAGAGCUGCGUCACAUGUCCUCCGCUGUGUCGUUCCACGCAGGUGACGAGCGGGUUGCCAGCGAUAUCCGUGGCAGGCCGGACAUGGAACCCGCGGGUGCUCUUGGCGACUGCGGCUGGUACUGCGUGCGCUCCUUCCUUCACAUGGUCAACUUCAAGAUGCCCAUCGCGGUGUCCGGACGCAUUGUCGAGCAGCUGCCCAACGGCGCUAUCGUUGCUUUCAAGGGCGACCUCACCUUCAAAGGAGAAACCGAAGAUGACAAUAUCUACGCCACUUUCUUCUGCGGCUUUAUGAGCUCGUCGGAGCAGUACUUCAUCGCCUCUGGCUCAAAGGGUCGCAUCGUCGCGAAUCAGCUGACCAACCCUCUGACGGAUGUCGGACCGACGCACUUCCAGGUCAUUAAUCCCAUCGCCGGUGACUUUGCACCCACUCCGGACAUCAAAACCGAAGACGUUGUCACGGAUGUGGAGGUUCCAGAGGAAACGGGUCAUCUGCAGGAGACACAGAUGUGGCGCGACGUCCGCGACUGCUUGAAGAAGGACGCUGACGGCACUCUCAUUGCUGAAGAGGAUGCCGUUCGUCAGUGGGGCCGCAAGGCGUGGAUCACGCAAACGGUUGUGGCGAAGCUCUUGGAAUCGGCACGCUCCUAA